UCUCAUACAAUAAGAAUUUAAGCAUUUGUUCAUUCCCAAUUUCUUCCCCCCGAUCAAAUCGGCAUCACAGUGGAAAAGGAAAACGAAAAACGGAAAUUCCGUCUACAAUCAAAUUUCCCUCCAAACCCUCGAUUUUCCAAAAUCCUAACUUUUUUGUUGCUUCGACAACGAUUAAUUUUUGUUGCUUUGUGAAAGCUUGGAGAAAUUAAUGCAAUGGCAUCCAAUAGCAAAUUUGAUCUUUCUUCUAUUAGCCCAGAUAAGACAGCAUAUCCUUCUGGGCAGCGUGGAGCGUACAGUGCUUCUUCUUCAUUGGAUAGAUCAGGAAGCUUCCAUGAGGGCAUGGAUAAUAAUAGAAUCCUGUCAGCACUUCCUAGCAUGUCAAGAAGUGGUUCAUCAGUCGCUCAAGUUGAUGUGAUGAAAAAUUUCCAGUCCUUGCAUUUUGAUACAAAAUUGAUGGCUGUAGACCAUAGGUUCCCUCGACAAUUUGAACUAAAAAGAAUCCUAGUUGCUGCUACUGCUGGUGAUGAUUCUUCAUCUCUCUCAAGUAGCAAGCUCACUGCACUGGAGGAUCUUAAACGGGCUAAGGUCAUUUUACAGGAGAGCUUUGUGAGGGCAAGAGAUCGGGGGAGAAACCUGCAUGAAGCCAUGUUGAAACUAGGGAAAAUUUUCCCUAGUGCUUUGGUGAGGAAGCGAACACGUGCAGAUGCCUCAUCAAGUGACCGGUCAAAUGCCUCAGUACCAGUUCUUGGAGGAAACACUACUAAGUUGGGUCAUCAUGGUCAUGCAAUCUCAAAUGCUAUAGAUAUGGAGCCACACAAAUUUGAAGAGAAGACUAAAAGUGGUAUUCCCAACAAACGUGUUCGAACAUCUAUGGUGGAUGUAAGGGCUAAUGCUCUUUCAGUGCCAUCUGGAGUCAUGGAUAGGGACAGAGAAAUGGUCAGAGUUGCAAAUAGUGGUGCAGUUCAAUCCGAGGAAAAGGAUAGGGCAUUAUCCAUUGGUAUGGAUGGUUGGGAAAGGUCAAAAAUGAAGAAGAAGCGGUCUGGAAUAAAGUCAGAUGUUUCUUCUAGCACAAUGUCGACAAGACCUCUUGAAGGUGAUCGUGAAUCUAAACGGGCUAUGCAGCAAAGGCAUGGGACUGAUGCCCGAUCAAGGAUGAAUAUCGCUCAUGGCUUCAGACCGGGCCCUUCUGGAGUUGGAAAAGCAGAUGUGAUAUCUCAACAAAAUGGCCUUGGCAUGCGCUUUUCCACCCCUAGGACUGACCAAGACAAUGGCUCUGUUCUUAGUGAUAGAAGAGAUCGCCCUGUUGGUUCAGAUAAGGAAUGUGUCAAUCUGAAGGCUGUUAAUAGGCCAAAUAGCCGUGAAGAUGCCUUUAGCUUAGCAAGUACUACUUCAACAACAAAAAUAAAUGCAUCUGCUCGGGCACCAAGAUCGAGUUCAUCAAUAGUACCCAAAUCAUCUCCAAGUGCUAAUAGGGCAGGGCCUUCUGAUGAUUGGGAGCUUUCUCAAUGCACAAACAAGGUCCAGCCUAUUGCUGGGACUAACAAUCGCAAGCGUAUGCCAUCAAUACGGUCUUCAUCACCACCAAUGGCACAAUGGGCUGGUCAAAGGCCACAAAAGAUAUCCCGUAUGGCGAGAAGGACAAAUUUUGUUCCUCCCAUGUUAAGCCAGGAUGAAGCUCCGGCCUCAGAUACAGUAUCUCAUGUUGCAGGAAAUGAAAAUGGAUCAGGCUUGCCAAGACGCUUGUCCAGUAAUGCUCUGCAGCAGGUUAAAUUAAAAAGUGACCAUUUUUCUUCAGCUGCAUUGUCAGAAAGUGAGGAGUCAGGAGCUGCAGAAAUCAAGUCUAAAGACAAAGGAAAGAAGUCUGGUGAUAUAGAUGAGAAAGGUGGACAGAGUAUUCAAAAGGUUGCCACUCUAGUAUUGCCUUUGAGAAAGAACAAAAUGUCUACUGAUGAAGAUCUUGGAGAUGGUGUUCGGAGACCAGGAAGGUCUGGACGUGGUUUCACUACCACAAGGUCUGGAAUGCCAACAACUGUUCAGAAGAUCAACAAUGUUAUUACAGCAAAACAGCUCAGAAGUGCAAGACUUGGUUUAGAUAAGGGUGAAAGCAAAGCUGGUCGUCCACCAAGUAGGAAGCUAUCUGACCGUAAGGCUUAUACGCGUCCUAGACAUGCAGCAAGUAGUGUGACUCCAGAUUUUCUUGGAGAACCAGAUGAUGGUCAUGAAGAGCUAUUGUCUGCUGCAAAAGCUGCUAUUAAUCCCGCUCAUGCAUGUUCUGGCUUGUUCUGGAGGCAAAUAGAACCACUCUUUGGUUUUGUUUCAGCUGAAGACAUAGCCUAUUUGAAGCAACAGAUCUGUCUUGUGGAUGAAUCUGUGGAGAAUAUUCAACUUAUAUGUGGCAGUGGUCCUGUUCUGGAGGGAAAUUUUGGCUUAACUUCAUCAGCACCAAUGGUAGAUGCUGUUUGCAGAGAUAGUUGCAACACUGUGCUUGUUGAAACUGGGUUGAAUGAUUGUGAUGGAAAUGUGGAAAUUUCCAGUAAAACAAAACCCGUAGACCUUUUCUCUGAGAAUUUGGUACCAGGAUCAAGGUUUAAUUAUGUAGUGCCAUUAUCCCAAACACUUAUUGCAGCUAUAAUUUCAGUGGAUGAGUGUGAAGAUUACUUGUCUGAAGGAGAUGAAGACAUGAAGUUUGAUAUUUGUAAAACUGGUUUUGACCUGGAUUCAGGAUUGAAGUCCAACAGUUUGAAUCACCUCAGAGUUGGACAAGCUGCUUCAAAUGGCUAUAGGACAAUUCCCUGUCAGAGACUCAUUGAUGGGAUGGAACAUUAUGAGUUGGAAAAUGAUGAUCUAGUAACAGAUAUAAAUACUGGGGCAAAUUUGAACUUUGGAUGUUCCCUAAAUGGAUUUCAGCCAGACCAAGCAGUGGUUACUAAGAUGGCUUGCACCGAGUUUCAAUAUGAUAAGAUGUCCUUAGAGGAAAGGGUUCUCCUGGAGAUUCAGAGUAUUGGGAUUUUCCCAGAACAAGUGCCUGACUUGGCACAGAGAGAAGAUGAAGAAAUCAGUGGAGAAAUUAGCAGACUCAAGGAGAAGCUUUGUGAACAGGUUCUUAAGAAGAGGAGCUUGUUAUGUAAACUGGAGAAGUCUAUCACAGAGGCAAGAGAGUCUCAAGAAAGGGAAAUCAACAUCAAUGCACUUGACAAACUUGUUGGAAUGGCUUAUGAAAAAUAUAUGACAUACUACGGUCCUAAUACAUCUGGUGGAAAAAGUGCAAACAGCAAAUUGGCCAAGCAUAAUACCUUAGCUUUUGUAGAGCGAACACUAGAACGGUGUCAUAGGUUUGAAGAUACAGGAGAGAGCUGCUUUAAUGAGCCAGUGUUCAGGGAUUUGUUUCUUUCCGUCUCUUCCCGCCUCAAUGAUGCAGAAUGUAUGGAUACUGCAACCCUUACUGAGGGGGAAUCAGCCAAUCCAUGUGCUGAUACUCCCACCCAUUCUUCAGAAGUUAAGGUUUCAGCUUCCAUUGGUUCACAACAAACUGCCUCUAUAACUUCAUUCUUGGGGAAGAGCUUGGACACACAAGAGAAGCAUUCGUCCGAUGCUGUUCAGUUGGUAAAUCACUUAUCUGAGCCAACUAAUGGUAAAGAGGAGACUUGGUUUAAUAGAGUAAAAAGGAAGGAGUUGUUGCUCGACGAUGUUGGUGGUACAGUUGGUACAUUGAGAAACCCAUCAGGAUUUGGAAGUUCUCUUGUAAGUGGUACAAAAGGAAAGAGGAGUGAAAGAGAUCGAGAAGGAAAAGGGCACAGCAGAGAUGUACUUUCUAGAAAUAGCAAUGCUAAAAUUGGUCGGCCAGCUUUAGGCAAUGUCAAGGGUGAAAGGAAAUCUAAAACAAAGCCUAAGCAGAAGACAACACAGUUAUCUGCUUCUGUGAAUAGCCUCCUUGGUAAGGUUUCAGAGCUACCAAAAGCAGUGCUGCCUCCAGUUCCCAAGCCACACAAAGUGGCUAGUGAUAGUAAUAUCAAUGAGAAAGAUGUAUUGAAUUUGGAGAUGUUGAAUGAUCCUGAGGCCAUUGACUUGUCCAACCUGCCACUACCUGGAAUGGAUGUACUAGGUGUUCCAGAUGAUCUUGAUGCACAAGGCCAAGACCUUGGUUCAUGGUUGAACAUUGAUGACGAUGGAUUGCAAGACCAUGAUUUUGUGGGCCUUGGAAUUCCAAUGGAUGACCUUUCCUUUUUAACAUGAUGGUUUAAGAUUGCCGUCUAUGUAUAUUUGUGCAUUAUACAAGUUAAACUAUGCAAAGCAAAGUGUAGAUGCUUUUUUCAUGAAAAACUGAUUGCAUGGAUUAGUAGGUUAUGGAUCUGAGGACUCGGUGGAAGUUCAUUUUGGAGCAAAAGUUUUUGGUCUGUGGAUGUGCUCCUCCUGUAACUAGUUGACAACUUUGGUUGUAAAGAUCUUUUUUUAUCUGUGUACAAGCUAGUUAAGUCCUAGCUCCAACAUUUUUAGGUACUGUCUCCCAAUGUAGUAUUGAACAAUUUGGGAACAGUCAAUUGUACAUAUAUUUUAUAUCUCUAAUAAUAGAGCAUCAAUUUGAUGCAUUAAUUUCUUGCAGGUGAAA